UAUCGCAGAAUUUUCAUUUAUUGUUUAUUAUUAAAUCUUUAAUGCUUAACUACAUAAGCAAUAAUUUAUUAUGAUAUUAUAAUUAACGUAAUACAUUUGCAGUUGAAAUUGAAAACUUAAAUAUUGCUAUUCAAAAUGGAGAAUCUGAAAAAUAUAUGGAAGCCAGAGUUAUAUCGUAUUCAAAUAGAAGCUCCACAGCCAAAGCGUAUCAUUUGUGAGAAAUACCCUGACCGGCCAGAGUUUUAUGGUAAGGAAUAUCAUGGUAUCAUGGGACACAAGGAAGCUACAGCUAUUUUACAAGACGAGCCCAAUGGUACUUUCCUUAUAAGAAAAGGCAAUGAAUUUAAUGAUUUUUAUACACUCACUUGGAGAUUUAAUGAUAAAAUACAUCAUUAUAAGUUAUACUAUGAUGGAAGCCACUAUAUUAGAGAUAAACGAUAUGACACAAUCUAUGAUUUAGUUGCUGAUGGGCUUAUUACAUGUCACAUGGAAUUGAAAGCUCAUCAUAUUCUUGAAAUGAUAAAUUCAAAUGCUAAUUAUACUGAAAGUCCUUAUGUCACAUUAAACAGAAAAAAAUUAAAAACAUUAUCUCAAAUGCAUCAGGCAUCAAACAAAUCUAGCCCCAUAAUACAAAGAGCUGAAAAAUUAACUACAGAGCUAAUUAUCAAGCCACUGUUCAACCUGACACCAACAUUAGAGGAUCCACCACCAUUAUAUAAAUAUUCCAAGUCACAUAGUUUUAAAGUACAUACCUUCAAAGGGCUUAAUUGGUGUGAAUUUUGUGCAAAUUUUUUGUGGGGCUUUACUGCCCAGGGUGUAAAAUGUGAAGAUUGUGGCUUUAUAGCACAUUCAAAAUGUUCAGAAAGAGUUCCAAGCCACUGUGUUCCAGAUUUAAAGAAACUCAGAGGUGUAUUUGGAAUAGAUUUGACAACAUUACUUAAUGCUCAUUCAAGCACUUUACCAUUUGUUGUAAAGAAAUGUGUUAAUGAGAUUGAAAGUAGGGGAAUAGAUUCAGAGGGUAUUUAUCGAGUAUCAGGCUUUGCAGAUGAGAUUGAAGCACUGAAAUUAGCGUUUGAUAAAGAUGGUGAGGCAGCGGAUUUAAGUGUAUACAGUAAUAUAAAUGUGGUCGCUGGAACACUCAAAUUGUACUUAAGACUUUUACCAGUUCCUCUCAUCACUUAUGAAGUCCAUCCAAAACUUAUUACAGCAAUUCAAAUGAAGAAAACACCGACUGUUCAAGUAUCAGCGUUACGAGAGUGUCUGGAUUCUUUGCCAUCUGCACAUUUUAACUGCUUGCAGUACAUGGUCCAGCAUUUACAUAGAGUAUCUCAACAUGCAGAAGUAAAUAAGAUGUCUGCACACAACCUUAGCACAGUAUUUGCUCCAACAUUAGUUGCUACACCCCCUGGAAUCACUGACUUGUCUUUUGAAAUUCGAGCACUUCAAGCCCUUAUUGAAUAUUGCCCACAAAUAUAUUAUAAUAAUAAAUAGUCUCAAUAAUUGUUAUCAUCUUUGAUACCAAAUAAA